UUCAUCAAUUGCAGGUCUGAAUAAAAUCCGAAAAUUUGCAGAAGACAUAAUACUGGAUAAAGACACUGCUCACCCUUACCUUGCCGUGUCACCUGAUGGAAAGUGUGUGAAAUCCGUGACCAAAAAGCAGGACGUGUCUGACAAACCUGAGCGAUUUGAUACAAUGCCAGCCGUGCUGAGUCAGAACCGUUUAUCCAGUGGCAGCCACUACUGGGAGGUGGAAGUAGCAGGGAUCAGCAAGUGGGCCGUCAGGAUCUGUGUGGAGUCAGUGAACCGCAAAGGACAGUACAUCUCUGCUAAGACCCAGAGCAGGUUCUGGACCCUGUGCCUGAAUGGCAUGUACAAGUCCCUCUCCGUCUCCCACCACGUUCUCCAGGUCACAGGGCCCCUCCUGAGGGUGGGCAUUUUUCUGCAGUAUAAAGAAGGGUUGAUCUUGUUCUACAAUGUGACUGAAUGCACCAUUCUCCACACUUUCAAAAGCGAGUUCACUGAGACCCUGAGGCCGUACUUCUACCCGGAGCCUGUUGGUGAGAAAAGUACAAAUGGCCUUACCAUUGUCAAGGUGCUGGCCGCAGACCCCGCUGUUCCUCUCUAG